AUGAAGAUAAGCAAUAGCCUUCAGAAACACUGGGAAGUUUUUGGGACAGGAACCCUUCACAAAGAAAUUCUAGGAAUAGAAGACAUUAACAGUUCCUGUCUUAAAGAAAAAAAAACUCUCUUCAAACAGUACGUUUCUACUUAUAGUUCAAUGCAUGUACCGCCAGUUAGAAUAUACUUGUAUACGGAUGGAGUAUAUAAAGAUGCAAAAAAACUAAAAAUACAAUAUAUGGAUAACGAAAACAUAGAAAAACGGUAUGUUUGGCUAUUUAUCCACACGGCAAGUGUGAUAUUCAAUAAUAUUCGGGUUACACUGGUAGAAGAAAACACACCCAUACUAAGUAAGAACUUAUCUGCAAUUCGAUUAAUAUAUAGCCUUAUAUUAGAUGAAUACUUAUUUCAUAAGAGUAGAUUAAUUGAUUCUAUUCUUAUGAAAGUAUAUAGCCCGAAUGUAAUGGAGUCAAAAAAUAUUUUACCCAUAAUAACUGAGUCUAUAAACAAAAUAAUGGCACCAAAUAUUAUCAGUCAAAUGGAGCUAAAAAUAAAUGCAUGGACUUCUUUGGUUCAUAGCCUGCCUAUGGUGAGGCCAUCUGCAUACAUAUUAAACUAUAUGUGCCUGUCUAUUCCAAGAUAUUUCGGCAAUCGGAUACUUUCUCGUAUGCUAUUGUCUAACUUAAGUGUGAUCGCUGAGCACCUGCAGAAGAAUGUUUUGUUGGCAGGAGGUAGUGUAGAAAGAGUUGAAUGUUUAGACCUUUUUAAGAAGGAUAGAAACAAUUUGUAUAGGAUAGAAGAAAUAAUAGUAACAUUAUUGGCACUUAAACCAUAUAUGUUAGAAGUAUUUGCAGACGAUAACUUAUUAUCUAUUGAAGAAAAAAUUCCUUUAAACAUAAGAAUUGGCUUAAUUGCUUUGUUCUUUCAGUGGAGGCAGGUCAGUUCUAAAUAUGCGCUAUUUUAUAGCUUAAUAAAAACUCCAAUUGAAAAACUCAAUGAAGAACUGCUAUCUGGAAAUAUGCAUGUAAUGUGUAAAGAAGAGCAUAUGAAGCACGCCGCGCAAAUUCGCCAGAAACUAUAUGCAGUUAUACAAAAUAUAAAAAAAGUGUAUAUGAUUCGACAUAAAGAUUCCUUCUAUUACUUUAUGAUAGAGAGAAUGGAGUCAUUUUAUCAAAUAGUGAAAAAAGAGUAUACAUAUAAUGCAUAG